ACAUUGGAAAUCUUUGCAGAAUCAUCGCAAUCAUUUCGACCAGUACGAGCAAGAUUAGAAUUGAAUACAAGUGAUCAACUACAUGACAAGCAACCAGAUAAACCUCUCUGGUAUUCUGGUUAUCCGCUUGCUUAUGUACAGCAUAUUGUGAUACGUUGUUCAUCAUCAACAUCUCGUUCAUCUUGCUUGUUACGUGCUCGUGAUAUUCAUGAUCGUCUUUCAAUUGAUUCACAAUUUGAUACAAAUUGUUUACGUAUCAGUGAACCAAUCAAUGCUCAACAGAUGAUGUCAUAUUUACCAUCAUAUGGUUGUUUAUUUCUUUCUCCAUUGAAUCUUUGGUCGAAUGACGUAUCAAAUCUAAAGGAAGAUGAACACGAACGUUUAGAAUACCUUUCGUCACUGUCAAAACGCUACGCAGAUAUUAUUUUUGGAAUUCCGCAAGAUUUUAGUUCAUCAUCAAAACAAUCGUUUACUUAUGCGAUAACACU